GGGACGGCCGGGCAGGGAGGGACCCGGAGGGACCGGGAGGGACGGAGGGAGGGCGGCCCAAGGUCGGCCCUGCGCGGGUCUCCGCGGCUGCCCGCAGAUGGAGUACGACUGGCUGGGCUUCGGCUACGCGGCGCUGGUGGCGGCGGGCGGUGUCGCGGGCUACGCCAAGGCAGGCAGCGUCCCUUCUCUAGCUGCCGGCCUUCUGUUUGGCGGCUUAGCGGGACUAGGCGCUUACCAGCAGUCCAAAGAUCCAAAGAAUGUGUGGCUUUCCCUCGUGGCAUCUGGCACCUUGUCUGCUGUUAUGGGAAUGAGAUUUUACAACUCCAAAAAGGCGAUGCCAGGGAUAAUUGCCGGUGCCAGUUUACUGAUGGUUGGACGGCUGGGAUUGCAGAUGAUGGAAAAAACCUAUUAAGCCAUAAAUCUGCAUCAAGUGACUUGAAGACGUGACUGAGAAGUCCAAAAAUGCAACUGCCUAAAUGUGCUGCACUUAAGUGGAAAAGGCACUGCUACUUGUGCCUUGUAUUUUUCAUAUCCUAAUGCACAUGAGUUGUGUUUUUGAAGGACCGACAUAGAGAGCCCUUGUCACAAUAUUUGUCUUUAACAUUUUCUGCACUGAAAGCAAGCAAGAAAAUGUGAGUAUAGCAUUAGUUUAGCUUCUGGUCCUGCAGCUUAGUGUCAGCAAAGACCUCCUGGCCCUUGCAUUCAGACAGUUGCAAUAUUGAUGUUUAAAUGCACAUCUGACUUCCUGUUCUAAAUUCAUGUAUACCUCUAAAACCAGGGGAGAGGAGUUGCCCAUUUGUCACUAGUAAUUAAUACAAUAAACGUGCUUAUGAUGUUCCAUCUCCCUUUCCAUGCCAGUUUAUCCAUUCACAGUGUUUGUCAGUCAGGGAGUUUGUUCUCCCUAACUGCGUGUUAGAACCUGGUGCCACAAAACACAAUCACGGAGCCGGCUGUCGAGGCUCUGCUGUAAUGCAAUAAAUGCAUACCCAUGCCUUGCCAUCACUUGUAAGCUCAGCCAGAUGUCAUUCAUUUCACUUUUACAGAUUACUACUCAUAAAUCAAAAAUAAUCUUUAUUAGGUGCUGCUGAAUUGUAGGCACAGCUUUAUUAAAAUGUUAUUUUAAAUAAACGAAGAAAUUAUUAUUGCAAA